AUGGCUGAGAGCCUGCGACUACUCAAUCAGGCCCAUGAACACCACAGGCCGAGGACAGAAACUCCAUCUCAGGAACAGCACCAGAUUCAGGGCCAGGGAGACGAAAGAUCCGAGAUAUACCACUCACUCGAGGAUGCGGUGCCCAUCUCAGAGCAACCAACGACACCGGCAACUUCAACAUCUCUACAGCUGCCGAGUAUGAACUAUGAUGCAUCCAACGCGCCUGUCACCGGACAAGUCUGUAGCAACUGCAAGACGACACAAACGCCGCUUUGGCGCCGAUCUCCAGCUGGAGAAACUGUGUGCAACGCGUGUGGUCUGUACAUGAAGGCGCGGAAUCAAUCACGUCCAGUGAACCUGAAACGGAACACUCAGACUCAGCCGAUUAUGCCCGUGCAGCAAAGUCCAACGCCGGGCCCAGGUGACGGCAACGGAACGUCACCCGGAAACCUCGCGGCUUCACCCCGAGUUGCAACUUAUGUUGCUGCAGACCAGAUGACCGCAGGCACAUGUCCUGGUGGGGGGCGAUGUAAUGGUACUGGUGGCCAGCAAGGCUGCAGUGGCUGUCCAGCAUUCAACAACCGCGUGUCGAAGACUGCGAAGUUUGCGUUAGCUCAGGCAAAUGCAACAUCGAGUGACGGUACGAACGGCGCAGACGCUGCGUCCAGUUCAGCGGCAGCAGGUUCUACCAGUGCCAUCCCCGCGUGCCAAAAUUGUGCAACUACAAUCACACCACUGUGGAGACGGGAUGAUGCUGGUCACAUAAUAUGUAACGCUUGUGGACUCUACUACAAGCUCCAUGGAACACAUCGUCCUGUCGCAAUGAAGAAGCAAGAGAUCAAACGUCGGAAACGAGUCGUGCCAGCCGGUGACACUAGCUCUCAAGCCACACCGUCGGUUGCCGAUUACUCUCCACCACAGCGUCCGUCCCAAACCCCCGCAUUCGAGCAUUCCGUUUCCCCGGAUCCGUCAACGGCAAUUGAGUCUAGGGAAGACUAUACGCCGGAGCCACCUAGAGGACCUAUCGCUGUCGACUUCACCCAUUACUACGGUAAGGCAUCAGUCACCUCUAAUCCCGCAGCCCUUGUACCCAACAUGCAACCCAAUGCACCAUCGCCCCGGAAACGCAGCCGCAGUGCUACCAUGGACCCAGAGGAAACCGCAAACCCGAUGCCCCACCGUCCAAACGCGAUUUCUUCGAUAUUGAAUCCAUCUCAAGCUGACGCUGACGCAAAUAUCGAUCCUUCGCUUUCAGUGCCGUUACGCCCAAUUGCUGGCACAUCGCCUAAUCCAGGAAUGUCACAAGAAGAGAAGGCAGCUAGGAGGGAGAGACUGAGGAAGGAGGCAGAAGCUAUGCGGCAAGAAUUAGCGAGGAGGCAGAAAGAACUAGAUGAAUUGGAAAAUGAUUGA